UUGGAAACUCUGUGAUUUGUCAGAACGGAGCGAACUGCAUUGCUGGACGACUUUUGUAGUUUUCAUCUUAAUGAGAACAGAAUGGUUCCUCUGUGGAAGCAGAAGUCUGGACGUGGAGACCAGCCAGUAAUUUGGGACUACCACGUGGUUCUGCUGCAGGUCGGCCUGCAGUCGGACUCUCUGGUCUAUGAUCUGGACUCUGAGCUGCCGUUCCCCUGCAGCCUGCAGCUGUACGCUGACCAGGCCCUCCGCUCAGACCGCAACAUCAGACCUGCCAACCACAGG